AUGGUGUUCCUCUUCGGCGUCAACUUUAACGAGCAGAAGCUUGUCAAGAAGGCUCUUGAGUCCUUCUAUGCUCUCGGACCACAGACGUCGGCGCGCAUCAUGGCUAAGUACUGCAUUCACCCGCUUGCGCGCAUUGGCACCCUGCAGCCGAAAAUCAUCACGGCCCUGACGGCCGAGCUGUCGACAAUGACGAUCGAAAACGAAGCACGAAAUAUAGUACGAGAGAACAUCCGACGGUUACGUGAUAUGGGUACAUACCGUGGAAGGCGACACGCAAUGAACCUGCCGGUCCGUGGCCAGCGCACCAGGACCCAGAUCCAGACGGCCCGGAAGCUCAACAAGAUCGAGCGCCACGGUUAA